AAGGAUAACUAAUAACUAAUACAAAAUGUUCAAAAUGCGUUUUUCUACUGUUUUUUUGUUUUUGGUGAUUGUAAUAAUCUCAUUUCUCAAUGAGACAGAAGCGAGGCGAAAGAUUCUUAGGGGAAGAAAAACUAUUACUAGAACAUAUUAUAAAUCAUUAGGAAUACCUGCUUGGUUGUCAAUCACAUUUACUGGACUCAUCAUAUUAGGGAUUUCAGGAAUAAUUUUUGCUGUAUUGCAAAAAUUUAUUAUUAUCAACAACCAACCUCCACAACAAACGCCUUCCACUGUACCACUCACCACAUCUUAAAACUCACCACAUUAAUGGUUGAACAAUUUUUAUGAUUUUAACAAUUUUAUGUAUGACAAAAUCUUUAUAUAUAGUUUUACUAAAAGAUAUAACUAUACUAUUUCUUUUAAUAAUUUUGUAUUGUUGGUACAAUAAAAUAUGAGCUGGAAAUUAUUAUUUAUAUACUAAAACUUCUUUUUAAAUGUAUAUUUUUUAUUUUUUUGUUAACCUGAUGUAAACAAAACUCGUAAUAUCUUUUCAAUAAUAAUACAUAAUUUAUUACAAGAUUUC